ACUCAAUUAUGAGGAAUCACUACCAAUCCAAUACCACAAAUCAUGUCAAUUUCUUUUCUCGAUCACAUGAUUCACAAAUUUCUUUGUCGUCUUCAAGAUUCAACAGCUCCCAUGUGGCUUAUCGUAUGAGAAGCACUAUGGUUUCUUCUUUCAGUAUGCCUUGCCGCACAACUCAAAUCUCAAAUUUUGUGAGGGUUUCUAGAGUUUUUAUCAAUCAAACUAUCCAAAAUAGGUAUUGUGCUAUUGUUCCUACCAGUAAUAUUGCUAGUGUCCAAAAUGAUAACGAACGUGUCAUGUCUUCCGAUCCAACCAUUUGGAGUUCUACAUCUCACCUUCCAAAUGUUUCUGAUAAACACUAUGAAACCUUCACCCCUAAUCCCAUCAAUUAUUUUUCUUCCCAACAAGACUCGACAUCUCUUCGGCGUUUUGAUCCAUAUGUUCCCAAAGAUUGUCGGCCGGUGAAAAAAUUCCAUAAAACACUUGAGGUUCUUAAAGAAAUUGAUGACUAUAUUAAUUACGAGGAAGGUGAAGGCACUGGAGAUGUUGAAAACAUAGAUUGGAUACACAACCUGCCCUACGAAAAUGACGGUGCAUUUAUAUGUCUCAAAUGCAACGGUUUGUUUGAUACUCCGCAUAUAUUGGCUGCACAUGUGAAGUUUGUUCAUUAUAGGAGCGAUAGUAACGAGGAGAGCAAGAAAAGAAUUAGAGCUCUUAAUCAUCAAGAGGUUAAUGGUAAAUCUCAUAAGAUCAACAAAGAUCAAACCGGAGGACAAAGUUGCAGAAGAAAACUAAGGCAAUAAAGAAGACAUAAUUAAGUGGUUCUCAAACUUUUUAACAAAGUGUAAUUUUAAUAAACUUUUCUUUUUCUUUGUUGUCUUUAUUUUCAACUUAUGUUACAUAAGAAAAAGAGUCAUUUGUAUUUUGCAAUUCAUAAUCUAUUUUAAUGACU